AUGAACCCUCUCGGCACCAAUGGCUUUCUGAUAAAGGCGGGAGAACACCUUCCGCUGGUUGCAGAUGGCCUACGGUGCUACCACAAGUUCAAGGGCCAGAUCGAGGCAGAGGAACGAGCCCGAGCUUUUUCGCUGCAGAGAUAUCUGGCGAAGGAUGGAGCCCUAGUCAAGGUGGCGGAGCUGCUGCCGGGCUCCAACCUCAUCGCCUCCGCCAUGCUGGACCUGCGAGGCCACCACCAGGAAGCUCAGGAAGCUUUGAAUUUGUUGAAGAACUGGCGGCAGUGCGGCAGCCCCGACGGACCUUUGGCAAAGGUGGCUGAGAUGCUACCCGGAGUGGAUGUUAUUGCCUUCGGGAUCCACGUCCAGUCCGGAAACUUCGCCCAGGCUCUGAGAUCGAUCUCCAAAACACGCUGGACAACAAUUACGGGCGAAUCUAUCGUCCUGACCAUGAUGGCCGAGACCCUGCAUGACUGGACGAUCACCGAUCUCGAGGUCGUGAAGUUGGACAUUGACCCGGUGGCAAGCUUCAUGUACGGAGGCCUCUUGGAUGUGGUGACUCUUCUUAUCGAGGUCAAUUCCCAGGGCCAGCAGCGCUCCCGGGCUCGGCGUGUCCGCCUCAACUCUCCGCGCUUGGACGGGAAGCCCCAUCGAGCCCUCAGGAACCCUCUCUACUGGGCGAAGGACAGGGUAGUGACCAUCUGCAGGGACGUGGUGACAACGCUGUUGCAGGACACCUUGCCCGAAAUGGUACCUGACAUGGUCGACAGCGCGGUUGCUGCCAUCAACAGCCUUCUUCCCCAUUAUCGCUCGUCGUGGUGGCCGUACAGGGUAUUUCUGCCCAAGGCAGUCGGAAAGCCCCCUUCUGACCUGGAGAAGGUCCUGUCUGACCGCAUCACUCACAUCUCCCUGCGGCACCGCACCGUCGUCCCCGUCCGCGCGAUGCCAGCGAGGGAGCCGUGCAGGGGGCCCGGCACCGGCAAAGUUCUCGGUGCGAUGUGUUGUGCGGGUGGACUCGCGCACAGCGGUUGGCCUCUGCUUGCGGGUUGUGCGCUGGGCUGUGCUUCGGGCCUCUUCCAGCUCGGCUCUUGGGCGCGAAGGCAGUUCGUCCCUUGGAUCAACGCACGCAAUGAGCAGGCAUGGCUCGAUGCCACCAAAGAGCCAAAGCAGCUGUACAAGCGCUCGUCCAGCCAGGGCUCAUGCGAUCGCGCUUCUGCACGGAUGCCACUGGCCGUUGUCGCAGAACUGCCAGGGGAGGACGUGGAGCAGUUGGCAUCGAUACUGGGCGAUUAUUUUUGCAAGGAGUUGCCUCUCGCGAAGCUCAUUGGCCAGAGCGGCAUGGUGUGGCUGAAUGAAAGGCUGAGUCGCUUUCUGGCAUCUUCCGUCGAUGAGUCGCCAGCAGUGCUGCCGGUGGUCCUCCAUGCGGAGGUGUCUGAAGGCUUGUACAAGAGUUUGGGGGAAACCUGGUGGCUGCCCAGCUUCUCGUUCGCCGUCAUCUUCCAGUGUCAUCUGGAAGGUGGGAUGCAAGUUUCUGCAGCCCAAGUGGUCUUUACCGACGAGACCAUAGAUCAGGUUCUGGAUGUACUGCAAACAGAGAUCCGGGACGUCGAUUUCAGGGGAAUGGACCCUCGUCUUGCCGGAUUUGCCGAGCCCAUCAACCUUCACUUCCAGGCAAUGCUUUCCUGGCCUCUCACCUCCAGCCCAAGGUUGGACAUCCGGAACUUGAAGGUUCACCUGAGCUUGCCAGGAUAG